AUGGCGUCUGUCACAACCGCGGCGCAAGCUGUGGCUAGAGUCGCCUACCUGGCUAGUGAUGUCGUCAUCUCCGUCCAGCCAUCACUACAGGCGGAUUCAAUCUUUUCCAGCACAUUAAAGAGUCAAGCAAAGAACAAUGCCCCCAGUGUUCUGCUGCAAGGUACACCAGAGAUAAAAGCUGUUCGUUUUAACGAGGAUCCGCUACUCUCAGCCUUCUACCCCCUGCAACUAGGCAAGCUUGUUACUGUUACAACAUCCUCUUCCGUACUCCUCAAUUCAAUUCCUCACCUUUACCGUCUCGUGAACCACCCGAUCGUCCUGCACGUUGCGAUUGAGUCGUCAGACUUUAGUGCCAUCAGCUCGAUCCGUCAAUGCGGUUUUACGUUCCUUCAAUCUGAAACUAUCCAAGAAGCCCAGGAUAUUGCCUUGACUGCUCAUGCUCUGGCCCUGAAAUCGGGCAAAGGUGUAGUUCACUUUUUUGAUCCUGCAAACUCCGCCAACGAUGAUGCCGUCGCCUCAGAAGACUAUGAUCUCGUGAGGAAAGUAUUGGACGUGGAUGCUAUCAGACCUUCCUACAACCAGCCGGCCGAAAAUCAGACUCUCUACGCUGAUUCCGGACGCUUGGCAACAGUUUCUGAAAAUGCCGUGGAAGCAUCGUCAAAGGCAGACUCCGCACCAGCACCUUCAUUCCCGUCCAACAACGCCUCGGCCGCAUUUAGUCAGGAUGCCUCGUCCGUUGGAUCUUCCCGUAGAGACAGCAGCACAGAUAGCCAUGCUCUGAGUUCUACUGCUACAACAGUGGAUGGCGCAAAUGUGCGACCUGUCAACGCCGCAGACAUUUUUAGGUGGACCUCCGAGAUCUGGGAGACCCUCACCCAGCUCACAGGCAGAAGCUACCAAGCAAUCGAGUACACUGGACCGCAAGAUGCAAAGAAUGCUAUCUUUAUAUUCGGAUCGACUGGCGUUUUCGUUGAUGCACAAUCUCAGGAAGUCGGGAUUAUUACAGCUCGUCUCUAUCGUCCAUGGAUUGGUAGCUUGGUUUCGAACCAAAUUCCCAAGUCUAUCGAGCGUAUUGCUGUAUUGGAGCAAGUUCGGAAAACUACCAGAUGGGGCCCAUCUUUCUUGGAUUUGCUCUCUAGCCUGAGUUCAGCUUCAGGUCAAGGGCAGGCCCCACGUCUUGUUGGAUAUCGUCUUGGCCAUGUAGAGCCGUCCACUGCUGCGCAGGCGCUGCGCGGUAUUAUUCAGAAUCUCACUUCUGAUUCACCCAUUCAAAACCUUGAGAUUGGAAGCCACGAAGUGCCGACGGUGAAACAUAAUAUAGCCCAACCCGCCGCCGAGAAUGCUUACACCAAGAUUCUGGACCAGCUCUUUGGUAAACGACUGUAUGUUGCCAAUCAAUCGGGUACCAGCAAUGCUGGCAUAUCUGCCACGAUUGCUGCUAGCCCGGAGUAUGGCUUUGGUUCUCUGAUUGCCAGAUCUGAGCACCGCGAACGAUUCAUCACGGAAGUCGAAGAGGCAGCAAAGUCAUCACAGUUUGCUACAGACAGACCUUCGCAGUGGCUAUCUAAGUGGGCAUUGAAUGCUCGGGAUGCCGUUAAAGUCAAUGCCCUCGCCGAGGACGUUAUUGGACAUUUGCAGAUGGAUGGCUCUAAAGUGGCGAGACAGCUCCUUGACAACCACAAACUAUUCUACAAGGAAUCUCAGUGGCUCAUUGGAUCUGAUGCCUGGGCAUAUGAUCUUGGCAACUCUGGAGUUCACCAUGUUCUUGCAUCUGGCGCUAACGUGAACAUGCUUAUUAUUGAUUCUCAACCCUACUCUGAACAUGCCGCCGCCGAUCCUACGCGCAGAAAGAAAGACAUUGGUCUGUAUGCUAUGAACUUCGGAAAUGCUUAUGUUGCGUCUGUUGCUGUAUAUGGCUCCUACACUCAGGUCCUCCAGGCUAUGGCAGAAGCCGAUCAAUAUGAGGGUCCUUCUGUUGUUGUUGCCUACUUGCCUUACCACAAGGAGAACGAGUCUCCCUUGACAGUCCUCCAAGAGACCAAGAAGGCCGUUGACAUUGGCUACUGGCCACUCUACCGAUGGCAGCCGGGUAAUGAUGAGAAUGGAGAACCCAAGUUCAAUCUGGACUCGGAGCGCAUUAAGCGGGAACUUGAGGAGUUCCUUCGCCGAGAUAACCAGUUAACUCAGCUUAUGCGACGCCAACCCAAGUUCGCAAACAACCUUUCCGAGUCUUACGGCACUGAGGUUCGCGCUCUGCAGAAACGCAAGGCCAAGGAAUCCUACGAGAAGUUGCUAGAGGGACUUUUCGGUGCUCCCCUUACCAUUCUGUUUGCUUCGGAUAAUGGCAAUGCUGCUAGCAUCGCAAAACGAUUGGGCAAUCGUGGUCGCCUUAGAGGGCUCAAGACCCUUGUCAUGGCUAUGGACGAUUAUCCCAUUGAGGAUCUUGCCACAGAGGAGAACGUUGUGCUCGUAACGAGUACUGCAGGUCAAGGUGAAUUCCCCCAGAAUGGGCGUGCGUUCUGGGAUGUGGUGAAAAGCUCUGGCGAUCUUGAUCUUUCUUCCAUCAAGUACUCUGUUUUCGGUCUAGGUGAUAGCCAUUACUGGCCCCGCAAGGAAGACAGGAUUUACUACAACAAACCUGCCAAGGACCUUGACACUAGAAUUUCUUUCCUUGGUGGUCGUAAGCUCACUGAUAUUGGACUGGGCGAUGACCAAGAUCCGGAUGCAUUCCAAACCGGCUACUCCGAGUGGGAGCCUCGUCUAUGGCAAGCUUUAGGGGUAGAUAAGGUUGAGGGCAUCGCUGAUGAACCCCCGCCGUUGACCAAUGAGGAUAUCAAGAUAGCCUCCAAUUAUCUGAGAGGAACAAUUGCUGAGGGGCUUUUGGACGAGAGCACCGGUGCUAUCUCGGCAAGCGAUUCGCAGCUUACUAAGUUCCACGGAACCUACAUGCAGGAUGAUCGUGAUCUGCGUGACGAGCGCAAGGCGCAAGGUCUUGAGCCCGCCUAUUCUUUCAUGAUUCGUUGUCGACUUCCUGGUGGUGUUGCAACUCCUUCUCAAUGGUUACAGAUGGACGCUAUCAGCAGCGCCCACGGAAACGAGACCAUGAAACUUACGACAAGACAAACAUUCCAAUUCCAUGGCGUCAUCAAAAGCAAACUCCGUUCAGCAAUGCAGGCUAUCAACAAGGCUCUGAUGACUACACUCGCAGCCUGUGGUGAUGUCAACCGCAAUGUCAUGUGCAGUUCCCUUCCUGAGCUCUCUGGAUACCACCGAGAAGUGCAUGCCAUCUCACAGAAGAUCUCUGAUCAUCUUCUUCCUGCAACCACUGCAUACCACGAGAUCUGGCUGAAGGACGACAACGACAAGAAAAUACUUGUCGCUGGAGACGCUGUUCAAGAUCAUGAACCGUUGUAUGGUCCUACCUAUCUCCCUCGAAAGUUCAAGAUCACGAUUGCCAUCCCCCCUCACAAUGAUACCGAUGUUUAUGCACACGAUAUCGGUCUUAUUGCCAUUAAGGGUGCCGACGGCCAUCUAGAAGGUUUCAACAUCAUCGUUGGAGGCGGUAUGGGUGUGACACAUAACAACAAAAAGACAUACCCUCGUACUGGUUCUAUGUUUGGCUACAUCCCAGUUGAUCAGACACACAUUGUUUGCGAGAAGAUCAUGCUUGUUCAGCGUGAUCACGGUGACCGAAAGAACCGUAAACACGCUCGUCUCAAGUAUACUAUUGACGACAUGGGAGUCGAGGUCUUCAAGAGCAAGGUGGAAGAAAUCCUGCCCGACGGUCUCCGUUUCGCCGAGCCACGUCCUUUCAAGUUUGCAUCAAACGUUGACACUUUCGGCUGGCAAAAGGAUGAGAAGGGCUUGAACCAUUUCACGUUCUUCAUUGAGAACGGACGCAUUGAAGAUACUGCCGAUUUCUCGAUGCGCACUGGACUGCGGGAGCUCGCCAAACUGGGCAAGGGCGAAUUCCGUUUGACUGGUAACCAACACUUGAUUCUGUCGAAUAUUGAAGACUCCGAACUUCCCGAGAUCAAAGCUCUGUUGGCCAAAUACAAACUCGACAACACAGCAUUUAGUGGUCUCCGUCUUUCGUCUUCGGCGUGUGUUGCUUUCCCUACCUGUGGUCUUGCCAUGGCCGAGUCUGAACGUUACCUUCCCGUUCUCAUCAGUAAGCUGGAGUCUACUCUUGAAGAGAAUGGUCUUUCCAAGGAGAGCAUUGUCAUGCGAAUGACUGGUUGUCCCAACGGAUGUGCUCGUCCAUGGCUUGCCGAGGUUGCUUUUGUGGGCAAGGCAUAUGGUGCUUAUAACAUGUACCUCGGCGGUGGCUACCAUGGGCAGCGCCUGAACAAGCUCUAUCGGUCUUCGAUCAAAGAGGACGAGAUCUUGGAUAUCAUGAAAGGCCUGCUCAAACGCUACUCUCUUGAGCGCAAUACCGAUGGCGAGACGCCCGAGCGUUUCGGCGAUUGGUGCAUCCGCGCCGGAGUUAUUAAUGAGACUACCGAAGGCAAAUAUUUCCACGAUAACACUGCCGAAGAGGAAGACGACGAAGAAUAG